AUGGCUACACCCUCGAGCGCUGUCUGGGCCACGCCCGACGACUUAGACCCAGAUGGCAACGAAAUCCACGCGCGAAUCCAUGCGAUCCUUUCCACAGCCAACUUCGAACAUCUCCAAAAAGCUGCGCUCCUCGCCCGCAACACUCAAAAAGAGCACGUCGCUUGCGCCAUCGACCCCAAGUCUUUCACGUAUGGGAUGAACAACCUCGUGCUCAAAGUCGCCUUCUCAGACGGCGUCGACUGGAUUGCUAGGGUUCAUCAUGUGCCGGUCAACAGGUCCAAUAGCCGCGAACAUGCCAUAGACAUGCUAAGUGAGGUUGCAACCCUGAAAACGCUCAAAAGCCGCAGUAGCAUUCCGGUUCCACGGGUAUACGGCUUUGACACUUCGCCAAACAAUCCCUUUGGCUUUCCAUACAUCUUCAUGGAGUGCCUCAGGGGUCGGGUUCUCUCCUCUACCAUCGCAAGACAAGUCCCCAUUGCCUACCACCAGAAGGUCGCAGGCCAGCUAGCUGAUGUCCUUUUCCAGCUCGAGAACCUAACAUUUGACAAGCUUGGGCGGAUUUGGUGCGGCGAGAACUGCGACGAGGCCCCUCGGAUCAUUGCUUCGGAUCAGGACGUCGAGCCCACGGUCAUAGUACCCAAGAAGACAUCGUUGGAGUGGUUCUAUGAGUUAAGACAGGACCAGAAUAGAGCUGCUCUUGAGGGACAUGCCCAUGACCCCGAGUGGAGGACCUCCUGUUGGAUUCUGAAAACGGCUAUUUCCCACUUCGUCAUCGAGGAUAGACUCCAUGGCCCAUUUCCUUUAUGUCACUUUGACCUUCACUACGGGAAUCUCCUCUUCGACGACGAGUAUACCUUGACGGGCGUGCUGGACUGGAGCCAGGCGGAGACCGCCCCAUUGGAACGUCUGGCUGUCUCCCCGGAGUUCAUCACGUUUCCGUUGUUAGCGCCUGACAAGAACCAGUUAAUCAUCGACUUCCGCAACGCUACACGGGACGCCUUGCACGAGCUUGAGAAGAGGAUGGAAUCGUCGCCGUCGGCUGCCAAGCAAAGUACAGCGCUGUCCACAAUUCUCGGCUCCAGACAAGCAGAAAUUACUCACAGGUGCACCUAUAGUCGUCCACACCGCGCUCUUUUCGACGGAAAAUUAGUCUCUAAGCUCAUAUACGGGGAUCACGUCUCAUGGGAGCAGCUUGUUGCUGUUUACGGAGCAGUCGCUCUGCACUAG